AUGGCUACGAAACACAAAAACGAAAUGCAGGACCUCGUUGAGCAGAACACCAUGGACCGGGAAGACUGGGAGAACGAGAGGCAACAGUUGGAAAAAUCAAAGGGUACGAUCGUCGCUGAUUUGCGAGCGGAUCUGGCCAGGGCUGAAGCUGAGCUGAAAGACGCUGCUACACGAGAGAAUGCUCUCUAUGCUGAUCUCAAUGAAGCCAGAGAGGAAAUAAAAGAUCUGCUACAACGAAUCGAAAAAGAAUCUCGUGUGAAAGAAGAACAAGAAGCUCACCAGCGCGAAAGGGAGGACUCUCGGGAAAGGAAUCGCCUCACGUUCGCCGCGCAACUUGAGGAAAGUCAAGUCAUGCUCGUGAAAUCUGCUGCUCAACUGGAGGAAGCCACCAGGAGAAAACUAGUUCUGGAGGGAGACAUCGCCAAGCUUGAAGCGGCUUUGACAAGAAAGUCAGCAUCAGUGAAGGAGCUGGAAGAGAAAGUUGACGAGAUGGCAGCAAAGCUGCGUGAAAACGAAGAACAAGAACAAAAAUACAAGGAUAAAAUGGCCGUCCUUGAAAAGGAAAACUUCAAUUUGAACGUGUCGAAAGACAAAACUUCCACCAGACUUGCUGAAGAACAGAAAAGAACUGCUGAAUUGGAGCAGAAGCUUCGGGAAGUGAGCAAGGGUAAACAGAGUGCGGAGCUCAAAGCGCGAAGUGAGCAGCAGCGAAGCAGUGAAAGAGAUGGGAAACUUCAGACGCUCACCAACAGAAUCAAAGAACUGGAGGUUCAACUUGCCGAUAAAGCCGCUCGUACUGACGUCGAUAGCAUAAUUGUGAAGAAAAUCGAGUCAGGUGGACAGGCAUUAGCGAUGGAACUCGAUAGACAGAAACAUACGAAUGCCGAGCUUGCCCGUCAGAAUGAGGAGCUACGUGGGACAUGCAAAGCGCUUGAGGAGGAACUGGUAGCCACGAGAGCCGCACUGGAGAAGAAGACAACCGUCUCCAAGCAGGCGAUGACCGAUCUGCUUAAUAACUAUAAGGAUUCUGAACGGAAGUCUAUGGAAAGAGCCACUGAAUGCGAGCAACUCAAAGCUCAACUUCACUCCGUCAGUGCCAAAUUGGAACGCCUCGAAAAACGUCGGACCGAUUUGGAGGCACGCGUCGAGGAAGGUGAAAUGAGGAAUGCUGAGUUAACGAAGAAAAUACAUCAAUAUGAACGAAGUGCUAAAAUGGCGUUGAAUCUAGCCGGCACUUCUACUACGCUCCGUGGCGGUCAGUCCAUCGUCGAUAUUCCGAGGACCACGGCAUCAUCAGGUUAUGGCGAUUCAACCUCCAUGCUUCGCACAACUUCAAGCUCACACGACCUUUCCAUCAGAACCUCACCGGAAAGAACUGUUCACUUCAUGGAACACGGCGCUGAUAAGCUUCUGGAUAUAAGUUCUUCCAUGGAGAUUACACUUCGAUUCCUCAAAGAACGAAUUGAACAACUGGAGAGGGACAAGACUGAGCUCAUGAAUGAUCUGAAAGCGCAACAUGAUGAAAUGCAAAAGAACCUAGAGAAGACGAAGGAGGCCGUAGGAAGCAUGCAGACGUUGGAGAGGAAAGUUCAAGACCUUCAAAAUGAGAAUGAAAACCUCGAAUCUCGUCUGGCUACUCAACGACAACUCUAUGUAUCGAACGAAGAGACAAUGCGAGCGAAGGAUCUGGAGCAUCGAGGCUUGAAGGCAAAAAUCAUGAGUGCUGAACUGCACAUUCGCGAGAAAGACAGCAAAAUCAAUCAGAUGAUGAGUCAAAUGGAGGCAUUACGUGUGGAGUUGUCUCAGAUGGCUGCUGAUCGACAGAGACUGAUGUCUGCUGCAAAGGGAACCGAACACGAAAUGAAAAGUCUCGAAGAUAAUGCUCAUUCCAUUCGAAUGGAACGCGAUCAGCUUGCCGCACGCUUGAACGAUGUGAAUUUGGAGCUAAAGAAUACACAAGGCCGUCUUAAUGACGCUGUCGCAGAGUUGGAACAAGUGAAGAGAGCUCUCGAAGAUUCUCGACGCCAACAACAGAAGCAAAGAACAAUGGAAGACUCACAUAUGAGGAAAAGACUGGAAACAAGCGGCUGUCACUGGCGAAGAAGAACUUGA